UAUGAAUCUAACAGAAGAAAAGAAGGAACCAUUGCGCCAGCAAUCGGAAUCGAAGAAGAAGGAGAUGCUGGUUUUGCAUUACAAGGGUAGCAUACAAGAGAAUCGAUCAAAAUUCGACAAACCGGCGGACUACAUACAGUAUUUGGCGCAGCCUGAUUUGAGCGUCAAUAAGAUCUACAACUGCAUUGAGUCUCUCAGGAUUGCGCUUACUAACAAUCCACUCAGCUGGGUACAGGAAUUUGGCACCAAGGGUCUCAAGCAGGUUCUGGCUACUCUCAAUGAAUGUUAUCGAAAUGCCUUCAUAUAUUACGAUAGUGACAAUCGUUAUGAGCGAAUACAAUACGAAUGUAUUCGCUGUUUAAAGGCUAUUAUGAAUAACACCGUUGGUAUAAAGGAGAUGUUGGCCCAUCACGAGGCUCUUACCAUAGUGGCCAGGUCAUUGGAGCCGACGAAACCAUCUGUAAUGUCCGAAGCUGUAAAGUUACUAGGCGCGGUGUGCCUCAUAUCCAUCGAUAGUCACAAAAAGGUUUUAGAUGCAGUCACUAUGAAUGGCGAAUUCAAAGGUCGUGAAAGAUUUCUGCCAAUCGUACAGGGUUUGAUGAACAAGAAAAACGAAAAUUUAAGAGUAGUAUGUCUUCAACUCAUAAACUCGAUAAUAUCAUCCGCGGAGGAUCUAGAUUUUCGCUUACAUCUUAGGAACGAAGUAAUGCGAGUAGGUUUAGCCGAUAUUCUUGAAAUGUUAGAGAAAGAUGAGUCGGAAGACUUGGCUACGCAUUUAAAGAUUUUUAAUGAUCAUAAAGAGGAGGAUUACGAGGAAUUUGUACAGAGAUUCGACAACGUACGUUUAGAAUUAGACGAUGUUAACGAUUGCUUUGAAGUAGUUAAAAAUAUGGUAAUGGAUACCUCCGCCGAGCCAUACUUUCUAUCAAUACUUCAACAUCUUUUAUUUAUUCGAGAUGAUGCUCUGGUUCGACCGGCAUAUUAUAAAUUAAUAGAGGAAUGUAUAUCGCAAAUUGUGUUGCAUCGUUCAGGCUGUGACCCGGAUUUCAGCGCGACAAAACGCUUCCAGAUUGAUGUACAACCGUUGAUCGAUAUCCUAGUCGAAAAGUCACGGGCCGAGGAAGAACGUCGAUUAGUAGAAGUGAUGCAAAAGUUAGAGGAAGCUAUAGCUAGUAGACAAGAAGCCGAAGCGAAACUUCAGCAUGCGGAAAACAAGAUCAAAGAACUGGAGCAAGGAACAGAGAAACCUGGAGGUUUUGACGCCUGCCAAGCUCCUUAUAUCAUAGUUCUUUUCGAACCCGCGGCGUGGCACUUGUGACAAUUACCAUGCGACGCCAAAUCACUCUCUUGGGUAUAUUCAAUUACUGCCGGACGCGACAAGUUGAGCGCACGCUACUUGAAUGAAUACAAAA